ACACCCACGAGCAAAAAAAAAAAAAAAAAAAAAAAACCCUAAAUCUCUCAUUGAGCUCUCGCCCUCUCGCGCUCUCUCUCGAUUCACUUGCAGGAAUCUGAAGCAAUUUCAUCAAUUUCAAGAAUUCAAAUCGCCCGCAAAUUGAGAUGGAAUUGGGUUUACAUUCUCCAAAAUUUCAAAUCCUAGCGUCUUUAGCAUCCUUUGGGGAGUUAUUCUUGCACUGUCUGGACAAUUGAACUCUUACUUCUGCUAAGGGACUGACCCCUCUGGGGGAUUAUGCAUGUCAGUCCCUGUGGUCACCGAUGAUCAUAACAAAGGGGCAUCUUGCUCAGGAAGAGCUAGGUUAUGUCAUGAUGUCAGUUGUAUCAGUGAAAAAGCGCUCUCAUUUCAUUCAGCCAAUGGACAAGCUUCUCCUUUAUCUAGUGAAACAGUUGGCCUUAGGGUUGGCGAACUUCUACUUCCAAAUGGCGACUGGUAUUCUGGGACACUAUUGGCGAACAUGCCAGAGGGACAAGGCAAGUAUGUGUGGUCAGAUGGCUGCAUAUAUGAAGGUGAGUGGAAAAGAGGGAUGAGACAUGGUAAUGGAAAGAUUUCAUGGCCAUCUGGAGCUGUUUAUGAAGGAGAAUUUUCUGGAGGGUAUAUGCAUGGUACCGGUUGCUACAGUGGAGCUGAUCGUUUGAUGUACAAAGGACGGUGGAAACUAAAUCUUAAACAUGGAUUGGGGUAUCAGACUUAUCCUAACGGGGAUUUCUUUGAAGGUUCUUGGAUUCAGGGAGUGAUAGAAGGUCCAGGUAAAUAUGUAUGGGCCAACGAAAAUGUUUAUGUUGGUAAUAUGAAAGGAGGAAAAAUGUCAGGGAAGGGAACUCUUACUUGGAAAAAUGAAGACGUGUUUGAAGGAAACUUCUUGAAUGGCAUGAUGCAUGGCUUUGGAGUCUAUUCAUGGAGUGAUGGUGGGUGCUAUGUUGGAACCUGGACCAGGGGCUUGAAGGAUGGUAAAGGAUCCUUUUAUCCUAAAGGAAGCAAGGUUCCAGCUGUACAGGAGGUUUAUAUUAAUGCUUUAAGAAAUAGAGGGCUAUUACCUGAUUUAAAAAGACAAAAUCAUGCAUCACGGAUCCUUCAUGCUUCUUCUGUCGAUAUGGGAAACAUGAAGGUUAAUGAAAAUCAAGGAUCAAAUAGUGGCUCAUCAGAAAAUUUUCCUAAAGUCAACCUUAUAAAUUAUGAACAGUCUCGGAACAAGAAUGUUUCUUUGGAACGUCGUUGGAGCCUUGAAGUGGCUAUUGAAAAAGUUAUUGGGCAUGACAUAUCAUUGUUUACUGGAGAAUCUGCUAGCGAUGAAAAAGUUACUGUUGCAAAUGUGCCCAUACUAGAACGGGAAUAUGUGCAAGGUGUUCUUAUCAGUGAGCUAGUAGUCAAUAAUAACUUUUCAUCAUCUAGAAGAGAAAAAAGGCGUCAUAAGAAGCUGGCGAAGGACAUUAAAAAGCCAGGGGAGACCAUUAUUAAGGGACACAGAAGUUAUGAUCUAAUGCUUAGUUUGCAGCUUGGAAUCAGGUAUACAGUAGGUAAGAUAACCCCAAUUCAGAGACGAGAAGUUCGUGCAUCUGAUUUUGGUCCUCGAGCAAGCUUUUGGAUGGAUUUUCCUAAAGGAGGUUCACAGCUAACACCUUCCCACCGUUCAGAAGAUUUUAAGUGGAAAGACUACUGCCCAAUGGUGUUCAGAAAUUUACGAGAGUUGUUCAAGAUUGAUGCUGCAGAUUACAUGAUGUCCAUUUGUGGUAGUGCUGCACUCAGAGAGCUCUCUUCCCCCGGGAAGAGUGGCAGUGUGUUUUUCCUUUCUCAAGAUGAUCGCUUCAUGAUUAAGACCCUCCGUAAAUCCGAAGUGAAGGUUUUGUUGCGGAUGCUUCCUAUCUACUACCAUCAUGUGCGCACGUAUGACAAUACACUGAUAACUAAGUUUUUUGGUCUGCACAGGGUUAUACCCUCUAGCGGACAAAAGUUCCGGUUCGUUGUCAUGGGAAACAUGUUUUGUACAGAACUAAGAAUUCAUAGAAGAUUUGACUUGAAAGGAUCAUCACUUGGUCGUUCUUCCAAGAACAUCGAAAUUGAUGAGAAUACAACCCUUAAAGAUUUGGAUCUAAACUAUUCUUUCUAUUUGGAACCUUCUUGGAGAGAUGCUCUACUGAAGCAGAUUGAGAUUGAUAGUAAAUUCUUGGAAUCACAGUGUAUAAUGGACUACAGCCUCUUGUUGGGUGUGCAUUAUCGGGCUCCCGAACAUCUGCAAACUGGUGUAUCAUUUCGUCGAAGUUUGACAGGAGAUGGACUGACUAUCGUUUCAGAGGAAGAUGCUCAAGAGGAUGAGAUAUUUAACUACCCGCAAGGCCUUGUUCUGGUUCCUCAUGGAAGCAGUGAAAACAGUUUUGUUGUGGGUCCUCAUAUACGUGGUAGCCGCCUCAGAGCAUCAGCUGCUGGUGAUGAGGAAGUAGAUCUCCUACUUCCUGGUACAGCUAGACUUCAGAUCCAACUUGGAGUUAAUAUGCCAGCAAGGGCAGAGCUCAUUCCAGCCCAGGAUGAAACCCAGGCUUUCCAUGAAGUUUAUGAUGUCGUGCUCUACCUUGGGAUCAUUGAUAUAUUGCAGGCGUAUGACAUGAACAAGAAAAUAGAGCAUGCAUACAAAUCUAUUCAGUUUGAUUCUCUCUCCAUCUCAGUAGUGGAUCCGGAGUUUUACUCCAAACGCUUCUUGGAUUUUAUCCAAACCGUGUUUCCUGAAAAUCCUUAGGAAGUUCACACCCUCAUCAGUAGUCUCAUGAGAAUCAACUUCUUGAUAAUGGAUUGUGACUUCAGAUAUCAGCUUCUGAAGAUUUUGUUGUAUAAAAAGUGAUUCUUGGCCCCACCAAAAAAGAACGAAAGAAUUACAGUCUCAAACUUGAAUCCAAAGUGUUGUAUUUUUCUUUCUUCUUUUUUUCCCUGUAUUCCCCCCCAUUUGAUGUUUCUAUGAACACUAAUCUGUAAUAUCAGUUGAGACGAUUACUGCUGGAGCCAAUAAACAUUGUACACUGGAAUAAUUUGAAUAGAAUCUUAAUGGCGUGUGAAUUUUCUUAUUCA